GACUGGGCAGCGAAUUACUGGGCACUAAAGGGUAUGCCUCGACGGAAAAUCAUUAUCGGUAUACCAACGUACGGCAGAGGGUGGACACUGAAUUCAACGAAGCCCUCAUCAUGUCAUAUCGGAUUGUAUGCUGCUUCCCCAUCGAAUGCGACCAAGUUUGUUGUGGAAUCCGGUGUUGCCGCAUACUAUGAAAUAUGUGAAAUGCUCACCAAAGGAGCCAAGAGAUGCUGGGAUGCGGAAGGCGCAGUUCCCUAUCUGGUUUAUGAAAAUCAGUGGUUCACUUAUGAUGAUGUAGAAUCGAUCCAACGAAAGAUGGCUUAUUUGAAACGACAAUUUUUUGGUGGCGCAUUUGUGUGGACGCUGGAUUUUGACGAUUUUAAUGGUUUAUGCGAUACACACCGAAAUGACACGUAUCCUUUGAUCAGAACAAUCGUUCGAGAAUUGUCCGGAAGAGAUAUCAAUACGGUCUGUAUUCUGCGACUCAUCGAAUAUUUUCAAUACAUGAAGUGA